GCUCGCCCUGUCAGAACCUAUUGGCUUAAUUCCCGCCUGUUUAAAAGGGAGUUUUUUUUGUUGAGAGUAAUUAUUUCAGUUGCAACACCGAUGGAGUAUGGGUGCAGCGCUUUAAGUAUGAGUACAAGCAUGAGUAGCCCCAAAGAUAAUAAACUAAAUUUUGAAAAUGGGUCGUUGAAAGUAGCAAAAGAUGUUAUUAACUGUACUGCCGUCAAAAUCAAUGGCAAGGACGUCCGUAAUAAAGUUGAUAUUUAUGACUGCAAUGCCGUUAUUACCGCCAAUAUUGUAAAGGAAAAUACCCAAUUCGAAUAUUUACCAGGAUCCCCUGUUCCUACUAGUUUAGAAUCUAAAGACCUUGCUAAACUUGUUGCUGAAUUUCAAGAACCAAUUUUACAAACGGGUAGCAGCAGCACGGAACAAAAACUUAUUUUAAACUUUGCUUUGAAUGAACUUUUAGAGGAAACACUUGCUUUCAAUGAGAAACUUAGAGAUUUUCGCAAGUCGCGAUUGCCUUUUGUAGAAAGGUUAACAGAUACCAUUCAUUACAAUCACGGAUGUAAAGUAUAUUCUCGGUUCACUUGGCCCCCUACCCAUUUGCUACAGAAACGCAAUAAGUUUGGUUACUAUAUAUGCUUAAACGGAUAUAAAAAAAGAUGUUGGAGGGGUCUGCCAGUUCUUCCUGGUUCCUUAAAAAAAAUGUUGAACUCAGAGACCAAAUUAAAAGCAAAAGGAAGCAGUUGCGCCGAUUCAAACUUUUUAAGUCCCGAUAAAACAGUUUCGCUUUUUGUAGAGUCAGUGAACGGACCCAGCUCUGAGGAACUAAAAAUAGCAUCUCGUUCAAGAAAAGCUGCAAGCGCAACUGAUGCUUCUCUCGAUAUUGACCCUUUACCUGAACUUACGAAGCUUAAGGAGCGAGUCGUGCGAGCAAAGUCAACUAAGCUUCCUUGUGACUCUAAUGUCGAACGGCUAGUCGCACGAAUUUCUAAGCAGCCUAAAGAGUUAUUAGAGGAACUUCCCCCUCUUGACCGCGUAAAACCUUAUUGCUGCGAAUUGUGCUUUAAAAGAUAUAGGAAUCCCAAUGGUCUUGAGUAUCACUAUCGCCAUCAUCACGGCGAGUCUUCUCUGGAGCUAAGGUCUCCAAGCCUUGUAAACCCUCAAAGAGAGCUUCUCCUUGCUGCCCGCUAUUAUGAAGGUGCUGCCGAUUCUCGGGCGUCUAUCACACACGUGGCUCCAUCUCACUCUCGCGUUUCCUCUGUCUGCGACUUCUGCCAACGUUCUGACGACUGGAAAAACGCAAUAACUUGCUCUUCAUGCGGCCAUUAUGGUCAUUUUAAAUGCCUCGGAUUUACGCCUUUACAAAUAAAGAACACGCGGACGUAUCCCUGGCAGUGCAUGGAGUGCAGAGUCUGCCUCGUGUGCCAGAAAAACACCAGCGAAGAAACUCUCCUGUUUUGUGAUAACUGCGAUCGAGCCUUCCAUAUGGAGUGCUUAAAUCCGCCUUUGUCCGCCGCCCCGGAAGGCGAUUGGAUUUGCCCUGUCUGCCCUCGUUCGUAAAUGCAGUUGUACUCUCUGAAGCUUUUUAAUAUGUGCAUUUAAACAAUAGAUCC